AUGUCAGCAUCUGCAGGAACAUGCAACGCCCAGUUGGAAGAACAUGAGCCAGGUGUCGUUCCUCAGUCUCGUGGACGGAAUCGCAAAGAAGACGGAGCAUUCGACGACCUCAUUGGGCAGAAUACCCUAAAAACUGCCAUCCAAAAUUCUCUCCCUCUGUCAGAGCUCGGGACACCCACCACUACUGUACAAAGUACUCCGUCCACAGCACCAGCGAGAUGCCGUGCCGCCGCUUGGCUUCAAUGGAAGAGCCCAGAGCAGCAUGGACCCCCCCCCCCCCCCAGAAGCACGGGAACGCUUUGCAUACCGCGUAGUAGCGCUGUAGCGCAUCGGCAGGGCCGCCGCUCGCUGUGGCUGUGGCUAUUUUUGACACCUCGAAUGUGUGUCCCACUCACCCACAUCACACGCCCUGUGGCCCUGCACCCUUUUUGUGUAGUGGCAGACGAUCCCCAAGGAAUGCUAGGCUCUUCGCGGCAAGAAGGGGAUGGAUUGGUGGUCGAUGAAUACGAGGCCCAUUCAACAAAGUCCUUUCAUACCUUUCAUACGGAUACCAUUCUUCAUCUUAUGCAGGUCGGGAUAUCACGUAUCCGGCCGAUUGAGGGCUCCUGUUCCCAUCGGCGUCCUCUACACGGCCGAAAUGCUCAAGCAGUACGGAGGACCGGAAGAUCUGUACCUGGAAGAAUACAAACACAUAUCGAGGAAAAGGGUCUUUGCUCGCGUGUGGCAUCCGAGAUGUGCAGCAAGCCUCCUCUGGUCCCGCGCUAG